UUUGUUGCUUUGUUAUGAGUGUAAGUCACACAUCUUCUCUAAAGAUCUCACAGGACUUGAACUCUGUUAUGCAAAUGGAUGACUGUAAAUGGACAUUGUUUACAAAACAGUGUUUUAGGUUUCAAAUUCUGAAAUUUAAGAGGCAGAUCAUAAUCAUCAAAAACAUAAUCCUGCUUGUGCUCAACCACUUAUUGGACCUGGUGAAUCAGAUUUAGUCUCUGAUCUUGGAUCCAUGAUACACCCUGAUCAAAGGUGGUCUAGAGAAGAGGAUUUAGACCAGAGCAAGUUGCUUCCUGAGCGAAUGGACAGCGGUUACUAUGAGGAGCUCAUCAGGCCCAAAAAGCUCCACAAUCCCAUCAAAGCGUCCAAGAGCCACCGGGAGCUCCAGCGAGAGCUGAUUAUUACACACAAAAGAGGGACAGUUGUGGAGGAGAAGCCAGAGUUACAAAGAGUUCUGGAACAGAGGAACAGAGCUCAAGCUCUGAAACAAGACAGAAAACAGGAUGAGGAGCGAUCACCACUGGAGCAGGAGUUACUGAAGAGACAGAUGAGAUUAGAGAAGAUUGAGAAAGAAGCCGAACAGCAGAGAGAAAGGUCAAAGUGCGCGCCUGAGUUCAUCAGAGUCAAAGAGAGCCUGAAGAGAACAGCGAUCACAAAUGCUGUGGAGAAAGAGCUGUAAUCACACAUCACCUUACAACAUCUACAGUAGUGUUGAUACUCCUCCAGUUGCUGAUUCAAAUGCUUCUUUAGUUUUAUUUAGAAAGUUUGGGUUUGAAUGCAAUCCCAGAAUGUGAGAAACCAUUCAACAAGAAUGUUGAAAAUGUGGGCCAAUGUUAUGUCAGUGUUAAGACAUGUUAAGUAAUGGUCUAAUACGAUUUCACCUUAAUUGCUGAAUAAGUGGCUGUAAUUUGCACCAGUGAGAGAAGUAUGCUGAAAGUAUACUGUAAUAUACUGAAGCUGUAUCUAGUGUUUGAGUAUAGAAAUUGUUGUUCUGCCAUAUUUAUAGAUUAUAUACAUUUAUAAACAGACAGAUCCUUUCCACUUUUUCCACAUUUAUCUUAUAUGGUUCAAAUCAUUUGGUAUGUUCAAAUAUUCAUACUAGUUUUGCAUAUCAUGCACUACUACAUUUAACAAAGUGUGUAGUACAAAGAGAACAUAGGGAAAGAGACACUGUAUCCAAUAAUGCAAUAUUUUAGACUUGAUUUUGCAUUUCUAGUAUCCCAAAUUUUAGCAUCUCUUUUUCUUGACUCACUGAUUGGACAGGUAAAUCUGAAAUUGAAAUGGAUCAAUAUUUUUCCCAUAUGCAUUUUUUUAAACAAAAUACAUUAUCACAAAAUAUUACAAAAUUAUCCUUUACAGUUAAGAUAUUGCUGAUUUAUACUUUCUGUAUAAAUGACUUUUUACUUAAAGGAGAAGUCCACUUCCAGAACAACAAUUUUACAGAUAAUGUACUCACCCUCUUGUCAUCCAAGAUGUUCAUGUCUUUCUUUCUUAAGUCAUAAAGAAAUUAUGUUUUUUGAGGAAAACAUUUCAGGAUUUUUCUCCACAUAAUGGACUGAUAUGGUGCCUUGAGUUUGAACUUCCAAAAUGAGGUUUCAAUGCAGCUUUAAACGAUCCCAAAUGCGGUUGUAAAACGAGGAAGAAGGGUCUUAUCUAGCGAAACGAUCUGUUAUUUUCAUAAAAAAAUACAAUUUAAAUACUUUAAAUACUUCUUAAGUGGACUUCUACUUUAAAGGAAUAGUUUGUUUUUUCAUUGCAGAUUUGGAGAAAUUUAGCAUUACAUUACUUGCUCGCCAAUGGAUCCUCUGCAGUGAGCAGUGAAUGGGUGCCGUCAGAAUGAGAGUCACAUGACUUUAGUCCAUCAAUUAAGGUGUUGUGCAAUGAAAAGCUGCAUGUUUAUAAUAAACAAAUCCAUCAUUAAGAUGUUUUAACUUUACUUGUGGAUUAUUGUGAUGUUUUAUCAGAUGUUUGGACUCUUAAUUCUGACGGCACCCAUUCACUGCAGAGGAUGCACUGGUGAGAAAGUGAUGGAAUGUUAAAUUUCUCCAAACCUGUUCUGAUGAAGAAACAAAUUUAUCUACAUUUAUAUACAUGGACAGCAUGAGGGUGAGUAAAUUUUCAGCAAAUUUUCAUUUUUGGGUGAACUGUUUUCCACUCAUACAAUGCUAACAUCAUAAGUCAUAUGAUUUUGAUUUCACACGUAUGUUUUGGCUACCAACAUGUCUUUUGUAAAUACGUUUUGUACAUUUUGUAAUAAUCUUUAAAUA